UACAAAUUGAACUGCAAAUGGAGGAAACAUCAAAAAUUCAUCGCGGAAGCUGUGCUAGCAGAAAAUUUGUCAAUUGUGAACCGUCAUCAUCGUCACGUUGGCGAGUGAGACAACGAAUUGUUGAGUAUCGUCAACAAGAUUUCAAAAGUUCAGCAAAUAUUCGCUCGAUUUGUCGUCGAGAAGUGCUUCCGGAUUCAGAUUCAGAAUCCUCUUCCGGUUCGUCGCCGACAGAUUCUGCUGCUGACGGUGUUGAGGAUGGUGACGGCAAUGAGCCGAAGACGUACAGUGAUGUGGCCGAUAAGACUGUGCGCUCGCCUGUUCGCAUAGCCAGUUGUAGCUGUGAACUUGUGUUCACUUCGAAUGCCGAAUCAAGGCAUGCAUCGGUGACGCUGAUCAUUACGAUGAAUCCAAGAGGUGUACGUAAAGGAUCGUUACCAGAACGCACGUACAACGGUGGUGCUGCUGAGAGCUUUGUUGGCAAAUCACACACAAAAGCAUCGUAUCGCAUUCAGAAAGCGUUCAGUGUUAACGAAAACGAAAUUUCAAUGGCGGAUGCUGCAGGCGAUGAUCAUCUGCCGUCUGAUGCGGUGAAUGAAAAUCUGAUCGGAAAGGAAGAUAGUCCACCGUCGGUGGCGCUCGUUGAGCCGUCAGAAUUUGACGGUGCCGAAGGCACGGGUGGGUGUGCUGUGGUUAUUUGUUGUUAUUGUGCUCGUUACGGUCGCCAUUUCGAUUGUUAUUUUCAAUAUCUGAAAAAUGCAGCUUACUUUCAAUAG